GAAAGCGCGAGGUGUGUGGACGCGCUCUCGUCUCUCUCCCGCCCUCGUGUAGACUUGCCCUUUCGGUGGAACUUGUGUUUUGGUUUAAACUUGAACCAGUGUGACCUGUGUCUGAAUUCUGCAGGCGCCACGGCUGCCAUCAGCGUACGGAUCAGUGGUGUCUGUUUCCUGUGUGCCGCCGCUGUGACAAAUCAACAUAUCCACGAGAAAGGAUUAUACGAAAAAUAAACAGAGCAAAGGGACGGAUUUCGAUGAGUGCUCGCUGCCUCCCGCUGGGGAAAUGACAUCCAGGAAAACUGUCGCGGCUUUGACGAUGCGGGUGUUAAGUGUCUUCCUGACGGUGGCCGUGCUGGGGACCGUGCAGAGAGUGGAGGCUCACCCUCAGGAUCUUCUACUGGUGAACAACGGGUACGAGGGUCUUGUGGUAUCCAUCAGUGACAGCGUGUCCCAAGAGCACUGCAACCAUGUCAUCCACGGCCUGAAGAGUGUGCUGUCGGAGUUCUCAACUAUGUUGUGGUCGGCUACGGGUGGGCGGGCGUCGCUUCGGGAAGUGACGGUGGCACUACCCAGGACGUGGCCUACUGACGCUCUCACCUGCUCCCUCCUGACGCCUCUCACCGCUGCCGUAGUGCCCACAGAAGCCCACAUUCGCAUCACCACCUCCCACCCAGUGUUCGGGGCGCGGCCAUGGGCACAGCAGAGUCAAGGCUGCGGCCGCCAGGGAGAUUACAUUCAGAUGGGCAGCGACCUGCUCAUUGCCACUACCAACGACACCUAUAACUACGCAUCGCGCCUGCUGCUGGCAGAGUGGGUCAAGUUCCGGUGGGGCGUGUUUGAGGAGCGAGGCUUCCCCAAUGACGCCGUGUACCCGACCACCUUCCGUGAUCCCAAGACCAACGUACCGCGCCCCAACACCUGUGCUGUGAGGGAGACUGUCCCCGUCCCCUUCUGCGCCACCGCCGCCCACACGCCCGAGGCACCUACCAAACACAACGCUCAGUGCAACGGGCGGCCGGCCUGGGACAUCAUCCUUCAGUCUCAAGACUUUAUCGAGGGAAGGAACAGCCCGGCCAAUGCCACCUCCGCGCUGCACCCCACGCUCAACUUCGUGCAGGAGAGCGCGGCGCGCAUCGUGCUGGUGGUGGAGGACACGGCCGUCAUGAAUAUGCAGCGGCGCUGGGAAUUUGUGAGGAAGGCCGUGCGUCGCGUGAUAGUGUACGACGUGCCUGACGGAGACCACGUGGCCCUGGUGGUGUUCAACUCCCAUGCCCGCACCGCCGCACCACUCUCCAGGAUGGACUCACAGACGGAUGUACGUCAACGGGUAGGCUCCUCACUGCCACGUAACCCUUCACCCGCGGCGGAGAGCAAUAAGUGCCUCAUGUGUGCAAUCCAGGAGGCCCUGAAGGCUCUGGACGCUGAUCCAGCAGGCGCUGCAGGUGCCACUAUCAUCCUAGUGACGACUGGCAAAGGUGCAGCUCACCAGCAAGAGGUGGCGGAGAUGGAGCGUCUGGUCACCAGCCGUGAAGUCCGAGUGCAUACAGUACUGUAUCCCGUCACAGAGCGUCGCGGUGGUGGAGGCACUGCCGCCGACAGUUUACAGUCUGUGGUCUCUGCCACACGAGGUUCGUCGUUCUCCGUGAUGGACGAGGGUGUGGGUAACGAUUCCAAGGUGAGCAUGAUGGUGGCCCUUAUGGACGCCCUACUGGCAGCAGUGCGUCGUAGCGAGCCCCUCGCCGCGCCAGGGACACCUGUCAUCAUCCACAGUCGCGCUUACCAGGGCGGCAUUGAGUCCAUGUCCGAGGGUUCCUUCACUCUGGAUGAUUCACUUGGGGAGGAUGCGCGCCUUUCCAUCUACUACUACGACCUGAACCAUGUGGGCAACACAGUGGAGCUGACGGCGCCCUCGGGCAAGGUUACUUCUUCCGUCAACAUGCAGGAGGAGGACGGUGAUGCCAACGUCAUCUUCGUCAACAUUCUGAAGGCAGAGCGCGGCAUGUGGCGGUACCGAGUUGAAAACCGCGCCGACUCCCACCAGGUGCACAUCCAGGUGUCGGCAAAGGAAAGCGGCACGCGCAAAAUCAGCCUACGUCUGUGGACGAGCGCCGCCAACAACAUGAUUAAUGCCUCAGAUCCCUCAAUGCCUGUUAUCAUCUAUGCCGAGGUGAAGGACAACGAGAUGGCCGUCAUCAACGCCAAGGUGACGGCGGAGCUGCAGCGCCUGGGCACGGAUACCAAUGGCAGCGCCUACCACCCGGUGCUUGUAGAGCUUUACGACAGUGGCUUCGGAGACCCGGACAUAACUCAAGGGGACGGCAUUUACUCCCGCUACCUGCCGAGCCUCCGCGGCGGGCCAGGCCACUACCAGCUCAGCGUGUCCGUGGACCACAACAGCGGUCUCGCACUGGCGCCCAUCAACGACGCCUUCACCAGACACGGCCGCCUGUACGCAGACAAGAACAAGAUCGCGUGCUGUGGUAGCAAAAUCAGGUACGAGCACGUCAAGCCCGUGCAGGCCUUCCAGCGCUCAAUGAUCUACGGCGUGCUUGAAGUGGUUGCGGCGCCACCGGCCAAGGACCGCGAUCAGCACCACUCAAACGACAAUGUGCCACCCAACCGCAUCCUUGACCUGCGAGCCUUCGUUAAUCUAACUACGAGGGAAGUGUCGCUGCGCUGGACGGCUCCUGGCGACGAUUACGACUGGAACCGCGCCCACUACUAUGAGACAGUGCUGGCCAGCUCCUGGAUCGAGGCCAAGGCCUUUGGUGGUGAGCGCGUGACUGGCAUGCCUCUGCCGGUGGAGGUGGGCACUGAGCAGGCCGUGGCCAUCCAGACAGACCGCUACGACCAGAUUGUGUACUUGGCUAUCCGAGGCGUGGAUGAUGCUGAGAACCGCGGAGGCGUGAGUAAUAUUGCCUCGAUGUGGAUACCGCGACCGCCCACCACGCCGCCGCCCAUCACCAUUGCCCACACAGCAGCGCCCACCAAUGACCUGACGGAGCCGCAGGGCCGCAGCGUGACUCAACCCGUGCGCGUGGCGGGCAUCAGCCUGGAAGAUAUGGCGGUGAUCGUGGGGUCAGUGGGGGGCUUCCUCAUUAUCGUGGCGGUGCUGGCCACCUUCUGCUACUGUCACGUGGCGCGCCGCCGCCGCCACCACCAUAAGCAAGACAGCGAGAAGAUGGAGGCCAACCGGAGCGUGAUCAUCAAGACUAACUCGUCUCUGAUGGUGGAUCAGGACGAGACCCACGACUCAGCAGACAGUGCCAUCAAGGAGGGCGAGGCGUCCACAGCUAAGGAUGGGCGGCCUCUCUCUCCCAUCCAGUCCUGGGGAGUGUCCAAGCUGUUACAGGAACACGAGCGCCGAGUGUCCAUGACGAGUGGGCCGCUGUUGGAAGCGGCGGGUUCCCUCCAGCACUACCAGAACAUGCAGGAGCCCUUCCCAGACGUGACGCUUACCGGCACCCACUCUUACCCCAGCUCACAGACUCCCUCCACCACCCACUCAGACCCCCCAGCUUACCAGCCGCCCUACACCACAGAGGCCUACGUGCCCUACCCGUACCCAUACCACCCAGGUUACAGCCAGGAGGAACUUCCCCCUUACACUCCUGGCCUUUCCUCGCAGUCCUCUCAGGCCUCCACUGCCUACACUCACGAGAUCGCCUCCCAGCCCUCGGAACUCUCCUACCCCGUCGACCCGGCCAAUUACCCAGCAGAAAUGCCGUCCUUCGUCGGAGAGGUCGCUUACACCCAGGCUCAGCCCCCCAUGUACGCCCCUGCCCCCGAAGAGAUUGUCCCUGCCACUAGCCAGGCCCCAGUCAGGUCAAAGGUGCCGCCUCCUGUGGCUCCAAAGCCCCCGCUGGCCGCCCGGGCCGCCGCUGCCGCCGCCGCUGCCACCACCGUCACUACCGCGUCUGUGGAGCCCAAGCGUCGUAACGUGACUCAAGUGUGAGUGCACCCGGCUUUCCUUCCCCACCCUACCCCCUCUCCCGGCAACCCCUUCCCCUCUAAAAAAAAAAAAAAAGGAUGAAAACGCUUUAAAUGUGAAUAUCAUUGUCGUCAUCGGCUUGAUCGCCCCCUCCUUCCUUCCUCCUCUCCCUCCCUCCACCCUCCGCCCUCCCGCCCCCUCCUCUUCCCCUACUGUAUCCUUCGGGUCCUCUUUUGUAUGGAGUUUUUUCAACGUACGAUGAUAAGACUUUGUUGUGUACGUAACAUAAGUGUCCAGUGUAUGGAGCAAAAAUAAUAAUAAUAAUAAUAAUGAUAAUUCCAUGUUGUACAGAAUGUUGUUGGUUGUAAGCUUUGCUCACAUCUAGUCAUAAUUGUAUAGUUUAGGUUCUCUCCAUCGGGGUCCUGCAGUAGCGCGGCGUCGGGGCCCCACAGUGGACAGCGACACGCGUGGCUCGCCCUCCGCCACUGUACCGAUCUCAAUAUAUCUUGUAUGUCUGUGAUAAACUUCGUAAAAUAAAGACAAUCAUGAG